UCCAGCUAUAUCGCCUGCGCUGGGGAGGCUGCGAAGAGGGGCGCGCGUCAAGCGAAGGGGCUCUCCCCGCUCGCUGGCCCGGGCUGCAGAAGCGCCCUCGAAGGCGACGCGGCUUCGACGAGGCGAGCGAGAGACGCACAGCCCCGAGGCGGGCGCUGCUCUCGGCGGCGGCGGGCGCGGCUGUGCUGGAUCUUGCUGCUGCUGCUGCUGCUGCCGCCCCGGCUGGCGGUUAUAUGUCUGCUCUUGGCCAUGUCGUAUCCUCAGGGUUACUUGUACCAGCCGUCGGCUUCCUUGGCUCUCUACUCCUGCCCGGCGUACAGCACUAGCGUGAUCUCCGGCCCCAGGACCGAUGAACUGGGCAGGUCGUCGUCCGGCUCGGCUUUCUCCCCUUACGCCGGCUCCACCGCCUUCAGCGCUCCCUCGCCCGGUUACAACUCGCACCUCCAGUACGGCGCUGACCCGGCGGCGGCGGCGGCGGCGGCCGCUUUCUCCUCUUACGUGGGCUCACCCUACGACCACACCCCCGGCAUGGCGGGUUCUUUGGGAUACCACCCUUACGCAGCGCCCUUGGGAUCCUACCCCUACGGCGACCCGGCCUACCGGAAAAACGCCACCCGGGACGCCACGGCCACCCUCAAGGCCUGGCUGAACGAGCAUCGCAAGAACCCCUACCCCACCAAGGGCGAGAAGAUCAUGCUGGCCAUUAUCACGAAGAUGACCCUCACGCAGGUCUCCACCUGGUUCGCCAACGCCCGUCGGAGGCUCAAGAAGGAGAACAAAAUGACCUGGACCCCGCGGAACCGGAGCGAAGACGAGGAAGAAGAGGAGAACAUCGACCUGGAGAAGAACGAUGAGGAGGAACCGCAGAAGCUGGAAGAGAAGGGCGAGUCCGAGGCCACGGAGAUAGGUGCCACCGGGAGCGAGCCCAAGUGCACCCCGCCGGGCAAAGAAGCCGACGGCGCGUCGAGCGACUCGGAUUGUAAAGAAAGCCCCGACGAGGCGCUGUCCAAAGCAGCUCCAGGUGCCUCCUCGCCGCCUUUAGCCCACUGCCUGCCGCCGGCCGGCCGCCUCCUUCUCCAGACUCACCAGCAGCAGCAACUGCACCACCACCACCACCACCACCACCAUCAUCCCCAGGGCGGAGGUGGCGAGGAGCCCCUGCCCGCCCAGUACAGACCCCCUUCGACGGACCUGCACCCCAUCCUGCCCGCCAACAACGGCACGUCGGUGAUCCACUCGCCCCAGGCACCUCCGCAGCCGGGGGCGACAGGGCCGGGCGCUCUCUCCAAGCCCAAACUGUGGUCCUUGGCCGAGAUCGCCACUUCAGCGGACAAGUCCAAGGAUUCCGGAGGCGUCGAGGCGCCCGCGCAGAGUUUAAGCGGCGGCGCGGCGCCGGCUCCCUCCCCGACGGCGCGCUCGCCUUCCUCCACGCACUGCCCGUUCCCCAACGGCGCCUCGGUCCUCUCGCGGCCGCUCUAUUACGCCGCCAGCCCCUUUUACCCGGGUUACACGAACUACGGCUCUUUCGGACCCCUCCACGGCAACGCCUCGUCGACGGCGGCCAACCCCGGCCCUCACUUUAACGGAUUAAACCAGACCCUUUUGAACAGAGCGGAGGCCUUGGCGAAAGAAUCCAAAGUCCUCCGAAACCAGUCCCAGUUUGAGCUUAGCAAAGACUCGCCUUACGAACUGAAGAAAGGUAUGUCGCAUAUUUAAUCUUGAGCUUCUCUCGAGCUAAUGCCUCUCCACAAUCGGACUUGCUUUGGUGGUUUCUCCCUCCCUC